CCGGUUUCGCCUGCCCAAAAUUGUGCAAACCAUUGGAGAACUAAGGUUUGGUUUAGGAGUUCCAGCAAGCAAAAAGGCGGCUCCGAGCUAUCUCAAAACUACCGAGAGAGUGUUUAUGUAUAGUAGUCGAUGGAAGAAGAGGGAGGUCAAAAGAAAGGACAAACAAUUGUUGGGCAUGGCGGGACAGACCGAGAACAAGCGCUGUGAAGCGAGGCAGCGAGACAGCGAAAAGCCGUGUUUGCGCGUGUUUUUUUUUUACAGUAGCCAAGCUGGGUGAGAUUAUCGAUCGGUAGUAAGUUGAGCGAUAAUGAUAAAUCAUAAUUAAUAUUACUAUAGCGUGGAUCAUAGGCGUUACUGAACUAUAUAUAUAUAUAUAUAUAUACACAACAGAGACACACAAACCAGAUCCCCUACCAUGAUAUGAUAGAUAGCGUUUAGAGCCAAAUGUUCGCAGAUCAACUAUUUAUAUGAUUCAAACACAGUUAUUAAAAAGAAAACAACAAUGUAACAGAUGGAAACAGAAACAAAUCAAGCGUGUUGUUUGCGUAGCUAAAGCUAUCACAAAACUCAUCCGUGAUCGAGAAAAGAAAAUUAUAAGAUUUUUUAUAAGAUUAUAAGAUUUGGAAAAACGCCACAGAAGAUUGUUGACCAGCGUAGCAUAAACGCUGCAUGGGCAUGUUUAGCUCCAUCAAGUUCCCCUCCCUGUCACAGCCUCCGAACAUGUAUACACCUUGGUCGGCUGGCAAAGGGCUGGUUUGAAGGAUUGUGCAUCGCAGCAGGCUUUGAAUUACAGUUGAAAAAUGUUCACCUGAAGUGCGUUUUUGGUUCCCGUGCUUGGUCACUUUCUGUUCGCUGCUUGACUAGUACGGUCGCGUUCUGUCUGGUGCUGGUGCUAGUGUGCAAAGUAGAAGAUACGAGUGACCCAAGUGACGCCAUUGUGUGGAGAAACUAGCAAGUGUUUCUAAAUUACGAGACGGUUAGAAUCUGCGUGUGUGCGCACUAUCUUUUUUGUCCCUCGGUUCUUGAUCGAACAGCUUCGCGUUUGCCCAACGCUUUCUAACAAGCGCGAGUCAAAUUACAUCGUAUCGGGACCGGUAGUGGGUUACACCGGCGACAACUGUUGCUCCACCGCACGACAGAUUUUGGCUCUUUCUGUACGAGCGGAACAGAAAUCGAGCUUGAAAAUAUGCCGUACAAGGGCCUCCACAGCUCGCGCGCACCACGGUUUCGCCGUAGCGCUAAGACGUUUCGCCGGCCGGCCCAGGGCUGUGGUGAAAGUAACGCGCCGGAGCAGCAAAACGACGGUUUGCAGCCGUCGGGGACGGCGGUGCAGUCGCCAACGCUGGGGACUGAUUUGGAUUCGCGACCGCCGGUGCCAUCGACGAGCGGUACGCCAUCGGCAGGUAGCAGCGUGGAUCCGUGUCAUGAAGCCGUCGACGAUGCGGAUUCGGACUCGGAAUCUGAGGGGGAACAGAUGAAACUUCACGUUCCGCCAUCGGCGCAGGAGACGUCUUUCCCGUUGGCAGCCGCACAGGAUCCGUUUAUGUCGCUGGCUUUUGCUAGCAGCGAUGAGUAUUUCUCCAAUACACUGGGGCAACUACCGAGUUUGAGCCGAACGUACCGCGACAGCAAACAGCCAUGGAUGGUCAUUACGGAUAAGCCACAGGGACCGCUACUAGACGAUGGCGAUAAGAACUGGAUGUGGAAGCAAUACGACGAAUUGUCGACUUCGGGAACGGUUUCGCCAACGCUGGGAACGGUUGAGCUAGCGCAGGAGAUGGUUGAGGCUACGUCGGAUACCAUAAAGCCAGAGAUGGUUGAGUGUAAGUCGGAGAUGGUUGAUGAUACAUUGGAAAUAGUGGAGCCUACAGUUGAGCCUAUGUCGGAGACUAUUGAGACGGAGAUGGGUAAGCCUGAAUCGGAUAUGUUUCAUGAUACAUCAGAAAAAAUUGAGCCUAUGUCGGAGCCACUGGAAACAUUUGAAUCUACAGUUGGGCCUAUGUCGGAGAACAUUGAGCCGGGUAUGGUCGAGCGUAAGUCGGAGAUGGCAGAGCAUACACAGGAAAUAAUCAACCUUACAAUUGAGUCUAUGUCGGAAACCAUUGAGCAGGAGAUGUUUGAUGAUACAUCAGAAAUAGUUGAGCCUACAGUUGAGCCUAUGUUGGAGACUAUUGAGCCGGAGAUGGCUAUGUCUGAAUCGGAAAUGUUUGGUGAUACAUCAGAAAUAGUUGAGCCUAUGUCGGAGCCACUGGAAACAUGUGAAUCUACAGUUGAGCCUAUGUCGGAGACUAUUGAGACGGAGAUGGGUAAGCCUGAAUCGGAGAUGUUUGAUGAUACAUCAGAAAUAGUUGAGCCUACAGUUGAGCCUAUGCCGGAGACUAUUGAGCCAGAAAUGGCUAUGACUGAAUCGGAGAUGUUUGAUGAUACAUCAGAAAUAAUUGAGCCUACAGUUGAGCCUAUGUCGGAGCCACUGGAAACACUAGAGUCUACAGUUGAGCCUAUGUCGGAGAACAUUGAGCCGGGUAUGGUCGAGCGUAAGUCGGAGAUGGCAGAGCAUACACAGGAAAUAAUAGACCUUACAGUUGAGUCUAUGUCGGAAACCAUUGAGCAGGAGAUGUUUGAUGAUACAUCAGAAAUAGUUGAGCCUACAGUUGAGCCUAUGUCGGAGAACAUUGAGCCGGAGUUGGCUAUGUCUGAAUCGGAAAUGUUUGGUGAUGCAUCAGAAAUAGUUGAGCCUAUGCCGGAGCCACUGGAAACAGAGUCUAUGUCGGAGCCACUGGAAACAUGUGAAUCUACAGUUGAGCCUAUGUCGGAGACUAUUGAGACGGAGAUGGGUAAGCCUGAAUCGGAGAUGUUUGAUGAUACAUCAGAAAUAGUUGAGCCUACAGUUGAGCCUAUGUCGGAGAACAUUGAACCAGGGAUGGUUGAGUGUAAGUCGGAGAUGGUUGAGCAUACUCCGGAAAUAGUUGACCAUACAGUUGAGCCUAUGGCAGAGAUCGCUGAGCCUAAGUUGGAGAUGUUUGAGGCAAAGCUGGAGACAGUUGAGCCUACACAGGGUACGGUGCAGUCUACGCUUAGAACGGUUUCUUCAGCGUCGUGUCUCGUUGAGUCUAAGUUUGACUCAACGUAUAUUCCACCGCCGUGGACGGGUUUUUCCGAGUUAGGGACAGAUUUGCUAACGUCGGGAACGGUUCCGCCACCACCAUGGUUAACGGUGAACGAAUUAUGCGAUGACGUAAUAUCCGUCCACGGGUCAGACUCGGAGACGGAUACGACCGGAAAGCUUCCGUUGAAAGAACUGAUGGAGCUGGACGAUCCGCUACAGGUCCCGGAACCGUCUCAGUCGAUGGUCACCACCCGCAGCAAGUCGGCUGUACGCAAGUGCAAGACGUCAUCGACGCGCACAGUAUGCGAGGACGUAAUAUCCGUCCACGGGUCAGACUCGGAGACGGAUACGACCGGAAAGCUUCCGUUGAAAGAACUGAUGGAGCUGGACGAUCCGCCACAGGUCCCGGAACCGUCUCAGUCGAUGGUCACCACCCGCAGCAAGUCGGCUGUACGCAAGUGCAAGACGUCAUCGACGCGCACAGUAUGCGAUGACGUAAUAUCCGUCCACGGGUCAGACUCGGAGACGGAUACGACCGGAAAGCUUCCGUUGAAAGAACUGAUGGAGCUGGACGAUCCGCCACAGGUCCCGGAACCGUCUCAGUCGAUGGUCACCACCCGCAGCAAGUCGGUUGCUGCGGUACCGUCGAAGACAACUCGCAAAUUCAAGACGUCAUCGACGCGCACGGCGAACCAACCGGCCGGCCCGAUACAGCUGUCGGAGGCGGGGCGCGUGCGCCGCCUACCCCCACCGUCGGCAAAGCAACGGUUUCAAGCGAAGCUCGCCCGCGAACGCUCGCUCUGCCGCAGCCCUCCCCUCCCCCGGCGACGCAGAAUUGAAGUGGUGCUGCCGCUGCCGCCGCCCUCCGACGAAGAGGAAAGCGAGGCAGAGGACGAGGGACAAUCGAAACCGUAGGGGAUGUUAUCGAACAUCCGGGGGGUGUUGUUACAAUACUAGACAUUAGAGGUAGAGCAGAAACAAUUGCAAAUUUUCUCGAAGCGCCUCGCAAAACUGCAAAACUGCGCCGGCCAUUUUCCCGAACGCUUUCGGUAGCGUUUGAGCGGCAGAUUAACUUAUUAUUGUUUUAUACUUAGACAGGCGACCACUCGCAUUAUUUAUUACUGAUGAACUAAAACACCAACACAAGCGCGCGCCCAACAAUGUGGCCUCGCCAGAGAGAGAGAGAGAGAGAGAGAGAGAGAGAGAGAGAGAGAGAGAGAGAGAGAGAGAGCAAAUUGUUCGAUAGAGAGACAUAUAAAAUAAUUUUAUUAGUUCCAUAUAAUGUUACAUUCCUCCGGGUUCGUACUGUUGCUGUUGGUUGAGUUUUUUUAAACACACUUACACCGCCAAUAUGAAUAGUAUAUAUAUAUGUAUAUAUAGAUGGUAUAUAGGUAUCUGUUUUCCCCCGUGCCCAAAUUUUCCGAUGAGCGCACUUUGUGCGGCAUUGCAAUUUGAAUUCCAACUAGAAUGCGUGCU